UCCCUCAGGGAGGGCGAUAUUUUAUUAUUAUUAUUAAUAUUAUUGUUUACUUGGCAGAGGAGGGGAAAUGGAACCUUCUCGCCUCGGCUGCUCCAGGCUCGUCAAGGGCGGACUCCCCAGUAUCGGUUGCCCAGUUAGGAGCUCCGGCUGUCUUGCCUACCUAAGUUUUCAGUCAGCUCGGCCGGCCGGCGCCGUUGGUUAAUCUCCCAGAAGUGGCGGGAGACCCAGACGACAACCCGUUCCUGGAGACUGGAACCGGGCCUGUGCUCGGCCAACGCCGGGUUUCCUUUCCCUCCGACGCCGCAGCAUCCUCCGCGUUUUGUGCUUGUGCCCACUUUUCCAAAUUGGCGGCUUCUAGGCUACCGAACUACAGUAUCCAUCCUCCACAGCCAGCAUUGGGGCGUGCCGAUGGCGGAGAAGGAGGCAUUGCUGUACAUGGCUUCUUGCCUAGGGAAUCCUGCCCAUCGCCAGGGUAUAGUAGUCCUUUUAUCUGCAGGGGAAGAUAAUCUGCGAGGAACACAAACCAAUGCUUGUUUGACUAUUAGUGCUGGAUUCAUUCUGAGUUGAUUGUGGAUAUCCACAACUGAUGGGACCAUGGAGAGUAUUACAAAACUAUUUGGUGACUUGUGUGAGGCUCACUUAGUAUCUGUGUCAACAAAGGUCCAUUUAAACAAAAGAAAGAACAGCAAAAAAAUUUCAAGAAAAAGUCUCAAAAAGGUUGCAUAUAAUACUUUGUUUGCUAAUCUUUUUCUGGAUGAAACCUGCAAAGUUUCUCAAUCAAAUUUUUCUAGACUUCCUGUGAAAAACAAAAUAUUAAUGCUGUCUUUCAAUUUGAGAAUUGCUGGACUGAGCUUAGAAGCAGACAGGCUGGAGCAACUUGUAGAGGAAUUAGAAAAGUCUACUUGCUUACCAUUUACUGAAAUUACUUCUAUUUUGGAUUUUCUGGUACAGCUUGCAGGAACUGGGCCUCCUCAUUGUUCACCCCUCAAAAAGGAUUAUUUUGUUAAUAACAAAAAUGUAGGAAGAAAUACCAAAUAUCAAGGUUAUGAUUAUUAUGAUGUUAGCAUAUUUGAAGCAGACGUGCAGGCUUUUAUUGCAAAUGAAGAACUUCAAUGUAAUGAUACAAUUCAAAAGACCUUGCAAAUUAUGGAGGCAGCACCUGGUACAGGUCUUCCUAUGGUGGAACUGUUUUCACAGAAUUGUUCAAUGGGGGACAGAUAUGAAAGAGAAACUCGGGUCUCGCUCUUUGGUGCUCUCAUUCACAGUCGUACAUAUGAUAUGGACAUCAAGUUGGAUUUGCCACCAGUGCCUGACAAUGCAGAUCUGUCUGGACUUGCAAUCAAGGUUCCCCAAAGUAUUGAUCCUUCUGAAGAUGAAGGAUUCCAGUCAGCAUCCAAUCUCACUCCAGACUCUCAAUCAGAACCCAGUGUGACACCAGAUCUUGAUCUUUGGGAGGCAGCACUUACUUAUGGACCUAGUAAACGACGGUGCUGGGAAAGAAUUGGAUUUCCACCUGGGAAAAAAGAGGAGCCAUAUCUUUCAGAAGCUGGAAGAGAAGCCUUUGACAAAUUUUGCAGACUUCGAGAACAAGAACUGCAACUUUUCAGCAGUACUAAAUUUCAGUUACCACAACGUGUAUUAGUAAAAGAACCAGAAAUUGUUAAAGAUGUGUUAAAUGUUCUUAUUGGAGUUGUAUCCACUUCUUUCUCAUUUAAUCAGGCAGUUCAGAUAUUUGUAGUGAAACAAGGCAUUUAUGUAUCUGGAACGUCACCUGAAAGUAUGAACUGUCUACUGUCAGAAGUGGCUGAAUAUGGAACUUAUUACACACGACUGAGCCGUUUCUCUAUUCAACCAAUCCUGGACUCCUCAUACAAAAAAGGGCUCGUAUUUCAGGCAUUCACAAGUGGACUGAGGAAAUACUUACAGUACUACCGAGCGUGUGUUUUGUCCACUCCCCCAACUUUAACUCUUCUAACAAUCAGCUUUCUCUUCCGAAAACUAGGACGACAGCUAAGGUAUUUGGCUGAACUCUGUGGCAUAGGAACAACUGCUGUGGGAGCUGGUGGAGGCACCAUUGCUUCUUUUCCAACUGGAGUUAAACUUCUUUCAUAUCUCUACCAAGAGACUCUUAAUAACUGCAGCAGUGAGCAUUAUCCAGUUCUCCUGUCCCUACUGAAAACAAGCUGUGAACCGUACACGAGGUUUAUCCACGACUGGGUAUAUAGUGGUGUAUUCAGAGAUGUGUAUGGUGAAUUCAUGAUUCAGGUGAAUGAAGAUUAUCUUGGCUUUAGAGACAAGAGUUAAUUGACCAUUAUACUAAGCUGUCUGAAGAUGCAGCUCGUAGAGAAAAAAAAGCUUUAUGGAGAAUCCAGAGGCAUAAACUGGAAACAGCCCGUCUCAAUUUCCUGUUAAAAGAUCAAAAACAUAUUGAGGAUAUGCUUGAAAAGCUUCCUGGUGGAAAGUACAGGAAAAAAGUAAAUAUAAUUCCAGAAGACCAAAGUCAACAGGUUAUGCUGGCUGCAGGCCAAGGGAAAGAUGCUGAGCUUCAGGUAACUUCUUUAGAAUCUGAUCAACAAAAGAUUAUGGAAAUGGGAAAAGAUACAAAAUCUGAACUGACAAAUUACAUUUCAAAUGAUCAGUCAUUGGAAUUAACACAGCCCCUAAAUGUGCAGCCUACAGACUGCUCUGAAUUGGAAGAAGCAGAAGUUGCUUCUCAAACUGCCUGCAGUGAUCAGAUGGCAACACUUUCAAAGGGUGUGUCUGAACUUGGUCUGAAUUUUGAAGAUUUUUUGCCAAAACCUCAGGAAGAAAUAUUCCAAACAACCCAACAAACAAACCUGUUGGAGGAAGCCUUGGAAAGUAUCAAUUCAGAUCUGUCUUUAAGUGAUCAAAGAAAGGAAAGUAAUUCUCUGCCAAAAGAGGCUGCCGAAGGAGAAACAGUCUUCCAUGCUUCUCUGGAUAAUGAGUAUGACUUUAACACUGUUCUCAGGCCUUCGGUUUCGGAAAGCCACAUUCAGGUGGGUGAAAAUGUUUUUAAUGUUGAAAGCAGGAGACCUCGGUGGAACAUUCAUGGCCACAUAUCUGAUGCGAGUAUUAAAAUAGGAGGCUACAUUGCUCAUACUGAACUUUCCCAACCACAUUUAAAUCCACAUGGGCAUUCUUCAGAUGCACACAUCAAGGUUGGAGAAUAUGCUUCUGAAGAACGGACUUACCGACCUCGCUGGAACAUCCAUGGGCAUGUUUCCAUAGCUCAUAUUCCUGUUGGAGGAUAUGCCUCUGAGGUAGAGCGCUCGAGACCCAGGUGGAAUAUUCAUGGUCAUGCUUCAGAUGCUAAUAUAAAGAUCGGUGAAUAUGUGCCAAAGGUAGAAGCCAUGAGAACUCGAUGGAACACUCAGGGGAACAUUUUAGAUACCAAAAUCUGUACUGGGGAAAAUGUUUCCGAAAGUCUGUCUUCUCGACCUCGGUGGAAUGUCCAUGGCCAUGCCUCUGAGUCCCACUUUAAAGUUGGAGAGCUGGUUUCGGAUUCUGAGAGUUCAAAGCCUCGAUGGAGCGCCUUUGGACAUGCAUCCCAGUCCAGUAUUCAGCUGGGGGAAAUGACUCCUUCAACUGACAGUGAUCCAAUACCUCAUCUUAAAGCAGGUUUUGGUCCUGCAUCAAGUUGUACAGUACAGACAUUUCUAUACAAUGGGAAACUCUCUGAUGGGAAAGGAGAAGAACAAGAAACAAGACCACCUGACAAUGGGUUGGCUAACUUGGAUAAAACGGAAGAAGAAAGCUCCAGGGAAGAAGCACAGGUGGUCAUCCGAGAUAUUGAAGAUCUUCAGACUUUCCUGGUAGAAGAACCUGAAAAAUCAACCUCAUUGUGUGUUGUGACUCAGCAAACGUCUGUCUCUGAGGUCAUCAUGUCUGAAAACCAGGAAGGAGAAAGCACCAGUGUUGCUAUAUGGAAGAAAGAAGAUGAUUACCUGCAAGCCUUAUCUAAUCAAUAUUGCCUGGAAAAAUAUCAGGAUCAAUAUGAAUUUAUGUCCGAGCUUCCAGUUUCCCAUCUCUUACAUCACAUGAUCCCCAGAUCCUACACUUUCCCUGUAGAUCCCUCAGUACAAUCAGCAACAGAUGAAACAGCUGUACAACUAAGUGAGCUCUUAUCACUUCCUGUGCUGAUGAAACGGUCAAUCACUACCCCCUUAGUUUCUCAUGUUUCCCUUGUGAACAAAGCCAUUGUGGAUUAUUAUUUUGUGGAAUUGAAUGUUGAGAAACAUUUUGAAGCAUUGAGGCAUUUUUUGUUAAUGGAAGAUGGAGAAUUUGCUCAAUCACUCAGUGAUUUGCUUUUUGAAAAGCUGGGAUCAGGACAGACACCUGGUGAACUUCUGAAUCCAUUAGUCCUCAAUUCCAUCUUGAAUAAGGCACUUCAGUACAGUCUUCAUGGUGACAGUCACUUGGCUUCUAACCUCUCUUUCGCAUUGAAAUACCUCCCAGACAUGUUCAAACCCAAUGCGCCUGAUGCCCUAGCCUGCUUGGACCUACGAUACAAGGUGGACUGGCCCUUAAAUAUUGUAAUUACUGAAAACUGUAUGAAUAAAUAUAACAAGAUAUUCUCCUUCCUGCUACAGCUGAAACAUAUGGUAUGGACUCUUAAAGAUGUCUGGUUCCACUUAAAGCGAACUGCAUUAGUAAAACAUGCAUCAAACUCAGUCCAGUUUCGACAAUUACAGCUUUAUAAGCAUGAAAUGCAGCAUUUUGUUAAAGUUAUUCAAGGUUAUAUUGCUAAUCAGAUUUUACAUGUCACUUGGUGCGAAUUUGGGAAUAAAUUGUCUUCUGUGGGAAAUUUGGAAGAAAUUUAUAGAACACAUGCAGAAUAUCUCAACAAAGCAAUCUUUCGGGGAUUAUUGACAGAAAAGGCAGCCCCUGUGAUGAAUAUAAUUCACAGCAUCUUUAGCCUCAUUUUAAAGUUUCGUAGCCAGUUAAUCUCUCAGUCAUGGAAUUUUGAUAGCAGCAAACAUGUGGCUGUUCACCCUAACUUUGGAUUAAUGCAGCAGUCCUAUAACACAUUCAAAUAUUACUCUCAUUUUCUCUUCAAUGUAGUAACAAAGCUUAUCAACAGAGGAUACCAGCCUCACCUGGAAGAUUUCUUACUACGAAUUAACUUCAACAACUAUUACAAGGAUAACUAAGCCUUUACAAUAGACUAACUGCUCUGUGCAUUAUAAGAAGCCCAGGCCAUUUGAAAGCCGCUGACCUCAGAAGCUUUGAAGAGUUCCCACUGAACAGUGACAGAGUAGAAUGGUUCCAUUGAUACAGAUGCAAGAUGCUCCAUUUUCCUCACAUAGCAUGGUACCAGUUCAUACUGCCUUCUCACGGAAGCAUGUUUCCCAUGUUGGUGUGAUAUAUCAAAGCGUGCAUAAAUGUAAAUUUGUUAAUGUGUAAAUUCUUCCUUUAGCAUUGUAAAAGCUUCUCAUGUAAAUGUGUAAUAAAGAGCAAAGCAUAAAUUUAUUAUUUUGUAAUCAAUAUGCAGAUGUUCAGAGUAAAAAAAAAGAAAACUUCCUGAUAAUUACUUCUUUGUGGAUAGAUUUAAUAUGUACACAAUCCAGAAUAUGUUUGUUUAAUUAUGCUGGAAUGGCCUAUGAUUAUAGAUGCUGUGAAAUUUUUUUUAUAGUUCUAAAUCAUUUCCAAAUAUAGCUCCCACACUCCUCACAUUUCCCUCAGUGUUCUUAUUGUAUCCUUUAUUACUUUUUAAUUAGCAUCAAGACACACCAGAAGACAUCCAGGGUCACUGGGAUUUGGGCAAGCAUAUACAUUUUACUAUUUAUUGCUUUGCAAUGGGAAGGAGGGAGGAAAUGUGAGGGAGAGAAGAGAUGGCAGAGGUGCUGAAUGCAAAAGUGUGUUAUAUUGCUUUAGUCCUUGACAAGUUACUAGCAUAUUACCAAAGCUUUUAAGUUUACCUUAUUCCAUUACACUUUGUAGGCACAAGUAUGUAGCUUAUGUGUUGCAUUCAGAUUCUUUGCAAGCUUGCUUUGUGCUUAUAGGGCAAUUCUGUAUGCGUUAAUGGGCACCAAGAAGGUAGAAAUACUUGUUUAAGGAGUGUAAAGGUUCUUUGCUUUCCAAAGACAAAUUCCGUCCUUUUCCAAAAAUUGUUGCACUAGUUGGGAUGUGUUAUUUCACGGUAAUUGCUCCUUUUCUAGUUGCUUUCAAGAUCCAGGCAGGACUCUCACCAGGAUAUGCUGCUCACCAUAGUUUGUGGCUAUAGCAGUUGACCAAAAGUCCUUUUAUCUACUUAUAAUAGCUACCAAUCUCCAGACACAGCCUCUGGUUCCCUAGUUUGCCUAUCACCUUUCCUCCUAUAUUGUCUCCUAUACCUCCAUCUUAGCAUUUGCUUUGUAAGCCAAGGACCUGGAUGAGGUGAGGCUGCUACUGGAUUACACAUCCUUGAAAAACCUAGCGGUGCAACUAAUCACAGUUGCAUCACCAUCUUGGAUGCUUAUGAGUAAAUAUGAAUGUAUAAGGGAACGAGCUGGGAUGGAUUUCUGUCUAAAUGCAGCUGUUUUUUCAAAGAGUGAACGGCAAUCCCACCAUUAGUCCUUCGCAAGCAUAUCUUUAAGUCAAAGAUAGUUCCUAGGACAACACUAAAAACAAAAAUCUGGGAUCAACUUACUACAGCACCUUCCAAAAACAAGAAAUUAGUUGUACAUAACAAUUUCAAAAAUUCAUUUCCUAAUUUUCUUAUCCAAAAAAAUAGACAUUUGCUAUAAACAUCAUCAGAUUCAUUUAUUUUCAAUUAAUAUAGCUCAUGGUGACAGCUUGCAGAUUUUAUGCAUGAUAAUAAAAAUCAUAACACUCAUUUAAAAUACUUAAAUCAUUGUAACAACAUUCACAUGGUGUAUUUUUAUUGCCUUGCCAAAGAAACCCAGAGCCAAUAAAAUUGCUUAAUUUUA